CUGAAUGAGGCCUCCAACUGGAGGACGAGGAAGCUGGUCGGAUCCUGCACUCUGCUUACGAGCUGGAUCAUCUCCUACUUCUCCCGCAUCCACGGCUUCCACAUCGAUCCUGCGUACGUUGAUGCCAUGCCCAGGGCCGCCAGAUACGCCCUCCAGAGGGGGAACGAUGCGGUGGGACCAUACCGCCUGUACCUGGACCGCACGAUGCACGACGACGUCACCUGGAGGCCGUUCGCCGACUAUGCUCAGGUUGUCCCCUUCGACGGGGUUGCUCUAUAUUCAGGCUGGUUGGCAUGCGGGACCGGCAUCAUGGUCCGGUAUCUCCCGGAGCGGUGCAUGCGGCAGUUUGGGUUCGUGCAAAUCAUACCCAGGUCACCCUUCGAGGCUGCUCCUGACACAGUGACCAGAGUGCAGCUCACUGCCAUAUGGGAGGAGUGGCAGCAUCAUGUGGUACCGGAGGAGUACCGUCGCAUGCGGGUCACCCAGGACUGGCACAGUGUGGAGGGGUACGUCACAUGGUUCUACCGGGUGUCCCAUCCUCUCUUGAGACCCGACGUUCCCAGCGCUCCUAGGCCAGCACACGAGGAGAUCCUGGAGAACCGGCAGACGGAGGAUGACCACGCCAUUGAUCUCCUUCCGAUCUGCCAGCGGAUAGAGAUGCUUGGGCGGGACGCGUUGGAUCGAGGUGUCAUUCAUCAGGGCGGACCAGAGGCAAUCGCCGUGAUGGAGAUCAUCGUCACUGAUGCGGGCCGUGCGGCGGGGUACAGGCGGCAGAGGAGGGCCCAGGGUGAGCGGGUUAGGCACACCCAGUAGUGGUGGGGUUUAUUCAUUUUUUGAUUUUGGAUUGUAUAUUUAGCACACUAUUUUUAUUUAUUUCGGUUUGUAUAUAAUAUUUUCAUAUUAGUAUUUUUUUUUGUUUAUUUAUCAUAUUAGUGUUUUCAGUC